AUGCUUCGUGUGGAACAUGAAUGUGAGCUCGAAGACACACACGAAGAUGUACUCUUUCUUCCCGAUCGCAAUUUCUUCCAAAAAGUCCUUGAUGCUUUGCGUUAUUUGUUAAUGGCAUCAGACAAAAAUCCAGGCGCUCGCAAAUAUUUACGCAGUAGAGCUUCCAUAGUUUGGGAAAAACGACGGCAUUUGCGUAAUUAUAAAUAUAUUCUCCAUCCAUUCAGUAUGUUUAGACUUUGCUGGGAUAUCAUAAUGAUUUUAACGAUAACGUGUUUACUACUGACUGUUCCGUAUUACGCUGCCUUCGAAAUAAACAAGCGUUCGCAUAAUUGGACAAUUUUCAAAAAUUUCCUGCUUUUUCUUUGUUGCCUGGAUAUAAAUAUUAAUUUUAUGACAGGAUAUUUUGACACGAUGUAUCACAUUGUUGUGAUGGAACCGAAAAAGAUAAUGAAGAGAUACAUGAAACACGGCAUCUUUUUUUUGGAUUUGCUGGGCUCUUUUCCAACUGAUAUCGCAUUCGUUAAGAUAUGGCAAGAGUAUGCAGUUACACGCGAGUUGACGUCUCUAAUGUGUGGAUUUCGCGUUUUCUCUCUCGCUUCUUACAUGAAUAAGAUUGUCGACGAGUAUAAUGUUUCAUUAGCCCUCUACGAGGUCUACAUCAUGAUAUUUUGGCUGAUAAUAGCGUUCCAAUGGCAGUCUUGCUUUUACUGGCUGGUGCCAAUAGCGACGACUUCUAUGUCUUUACCGGAGCGUCCCGAUAGCGACUUCUGGAUACACGAGUUCGAUCUUUGGGAAGAACCUAAAUCUCGACAAUAUCUAUCCAGUCUCUUACGCGCUUUCACCGUUUUCCUCUCGUCGGGCUUCUUACACAGAAAGCCGAAAAACGAAGCGGAUCUCACGCUAAAGAUAAUCUUACAAAUAUUGGGAAGUUUAACUAUUUGGAUCUUGAUAGUUCGCGUGAGGCAACUUUAUAAGGGUGCCAAUAGCUCUAAGAUCAAGUAUCAAGACAUCAUGGCACAGCUCAAACAACACAUGAAGCAUCGGCAACUGCCACAUGCGACUCAACAUCGUAUCAUAACCUACUAUGAGUUUUGCUUUCAACAACGCUAUUUUCGCGAAACCGAGAUCCUCAAUACCCUAUCCAUAUAUAUGCGCCAAGAGAUCAGCAUGCACGCCUGCCGCAAACUUGUGGAAAAUGUUGCGUUCUUCAACAAUCUGCCGCUUUCGUUACUGGCGCGCAUCGUCGCUCUAUUAAAAUCUGAGAUAUUUCUGACAAACGACGUGAUUGUACGGGCCAAUCAGCCGGGUGAUUGCAUGUAUUUUAUCGCUAGCGGUACAGUGGCGAUUUAUACAAGUACCGGGAAGGAGAUAUGUCACUUGGAGGAUGGCGCAUAUUUUGGGGAAAUCGCCCUAAUUAUGCCUGACGAGCGAAGAGUGGCUAGUGUCGUCGCUAUUGAAAUAUGUGAAUUGUAUCGUUUAGAUCGAGCUGAUUUUGCCAGAACGAUUCAUCCGUAUCCUAUGCUAUGGGAACAAAUCAAGAAAAUAGCCGUCAAGAGACACGAAAGGACAACAAUACUCAAUACACAGUAA